AUGGAAUCAGCUAUUGAAAAACUUCGUAAAUACCGUGAUGAAGAUUAUCAUUUACACGAUGAAAUAAUUGAAUUAUGGGCAAACAUUUUAUCUGAAUGUGAUUUAUCAAUAUUAGGAGAUGAAAAAUGGUUAAUACUUGAACAAGUAUUCAAAUCAGCAUUACAUUGUUCAAAAGAAUCAAUGGCUCAUCAAUGUCUUGAACGAAUAGAAAAACAAUUUGAAAAAACAAGUCCUCUUCUAAUCACAUUAAAUGCAAUGUAUUUUGAAUCAAUUGAAGAUUUUGAAAAAGCUGAACAAAUUUGUUCAACAUUAAUAGAAGAAAAUGAAACAGAUGACAUUAAAAAAUUUCUUGGUUUAACUAAUUAUUUACUUCAUAUUUGUAGAAAAUCACACGGUCUUCCUUUAACUUGUUUAAAACUUAUUGAAGGUUAUUGUCAAAAAAUUACAAAAUGUAUCAACGAUGACAAUUCUUUAUUAAAUGAUAUGAAAAAUGUACUAAACGAAAUAAAAGAUUUACUUCAAUUAAUUGAUCUGAACGACAUACAAACAGCAAAAAUUAAUCGUAUUACCCAGAAUGAAAUUAAUCAAAUGAAAAAAGAAUUAUUGAACGUAAAACAUCAAUAUGAACAUCAAAAUAGUGCAUUAGAUGAAUUACGUAAAGAAAUUAUUGAUUUAAGAAAACAAUCCAGCAUGCAGGUACUUAAAGAAGCAUCUGCUCAUUCACUUAUUCCGUUCGUAGAACAACUAGAAAUAAUAAAAUCCGAUGUUGCAUUAGAUGAAGGACCAUUAACAACUAUUGAUAAUGUCAUAAACGAUUUCGUUAAACAAUCAAAAAUAGCAAAACCAGAUUUUAUUGAUCUACUUAUUAAUAAAACAAAUCGCAAUCAACGUGAAAAUUCGAUCAAAUUAAUUGUCGAUGAUAAUGAUAAAGUUAAUUUAAUUAAAUUAUUAAAGUUGAACAUCAAACUUCGACGAAAACAAAAUUCUCUUAAUGUAUUUCUUAAUCAAUUUGAUACUUUACAAGAACGUAAUGAUAUGAUUAUUGCUCCAUUUCGAAUGUCCAUCGUUGAACAAGAUAAAGAAAAUGGUGCAAUUGUUAUGGGUGAAAUUGAAUCAGGAAGUUGUCAUAUUGGUGACCAAUGUCUAAUUAUGCCAAAUCAGACACGUGUUGAAAUUACAAAUAUUUAUCAUGAAGACAGUAAAACUGAUUCUGGUGUUUAUGGAUAA